AUGCCCAAGGUCAUCUCAAGGUCGGCAGUCUCGUCUUCGACCGAUGCUGCUCCUACUGCGUCCUCGAUCGCGGCGUUGAGGGUCUACUAUUGCAUUUGUGGCGAGUUCAUCCUUGUUAUAGACAAAAGCCUCGCUUCUCUGCCGAGGCGCCAGUCAGAUGGAGCUAUCAUCGUCAGGUCGCAGGAUAGCGCUGCCGGUAAGGCUCGCGUCUUCAAGCUAAAUGCUACAGCGGGUGACCCUGUUCUGGUGGAGAGGAAAGGUGGGCAUGAGCGCCAAUAUCGAUUUCUCUGCCCUCGGUGUACGCUACCCAUCGGAUAUCAAUCCACGCCUCCACCAGAGAAGUCCGGCCCGUACUUGUACAUCAUCAAAGGAGCAUUGACUCAGAUGCAGGGUCAAGUACCUGCGGACGCAUUCGAUGGAGAAGAACUAGUGCGGACCUCGGCAGAAGAGAAGGAAAGCAAUUCACUGACUUGAUAUCAUGUGUGUGAGUUCCUGUAGAUACCCUAUCCACUGCAAUGAUGCAUCAUGGGGUUGAUGCACGACAGACCAC